AGCCAGUCCAAUGUUGUUUCUGUUGAAGCCUUCGGAGGAACAGCACAGCACUGCCACGUCCUAUACUGACAAACUACCAUCAAAAGAUCAUGAUCACAACUAUCUCCAAGUAAAGCUGGGACCAUGACGUCACUUUGAAGACAAACUGGGAGUGGAUGAAAGCUUUUCAGGAGUCUAAAGCUGGGAUUUUCAAUACUUUUGAUCAAUUCAUUUUAACAUAUGGAUCUGUGGAAAGGAUAUACAGUUUUUUGUCAUUGGGAGAGCUAAGAGAAGACACAUGAGGAAUAAGGCAUCCAAGCAGAAGUCUAAAAAGAAGGCUAUUGACAAUGCAUUCGGCUGUGACUUGAUCGAGCAUCUACAAAGCACAGGACAAGAUGUUCCUCAGGUCCUGAAGAAGUGUGCAGAGUUCAUAGAGAAACAUGGCGUUGUGGAUGGGAUCUACAGACUGUCAGGUGUCACAUCAAACAUUCAGCGUCUCAGGCAAGAAUUCUGCUCUGACGCUUGCCCUGACCUUACUAAGGAAGUGUACCUCCAGGACAUCCACUGUGUGGGUUCCUUAUGUAAGCUGUACUUCAGGGAGCUUCCCAAUCCUCUGCUCACGUAUGAGCUCUACACUAAAUUCACAGAAGCAGUUUCAGUCCAGGGGGAUCAUGAGAAACUUGCCCGCAUCCAGAAGGUCAUCAAAGAACUGCCAAAUGCUCAUUUCAGGACCCUGGAGUACCUGACUAAGCACCUGGCCCGCCUCGCCACCUUAAGCUCAAAGACAAACAUGCACACAAGAAACUUGGCUUUGGUGUGGGCUCCCAACCUGCUCAGGUCAAAAGAUAUUGAGGUUUCUUCUGGUAAUGGGGACAUGGCGUUCCAAGAAGUCAGAGUUCAGCAGUCAGUCAUUGAGUUUAUCCUCAACCAUACAGAGCAGAUCUUCAAUGGUGUUUCCCUCCAAAUGAAACCCAAAGAAGGUUUAAUGUGUGGGGAAAAGUACGCCACUCUGCCCAUCAGUGGACCUUCUGGACCUAUGAAACUUAUGAGUUUGGAGGAGGCUCAGGCACGGUCCUUAAGUCCAAACCAUCCUGUGCAUAAAGAACGUCAGAGAGAGAACAGCCUGCCUGACCCCAGCAUUGCCCAGCUCUACCACACUGUCAUCGACAUAGACAGCAAGAGGAAAUUCUCUGGAAAAUCAAAAAAGUGGAAAUCAAUUUUUAAUUUGGGAAGAUCUGUGGAUUCGAAGGGAAAACUGAGCCGCAAUGGCAGUGUGUUCAUCAGAGGACAAGGGAUCACAGAAAAGGCUAAAGGCAGAAAAUCCAGAAGCAUGGAGUCACUGUGCUCUUUACCGACGGAUGAUGACAGAACUGGAGGCCGUGUUCCUGUUGGACCGGGCAGCAUUUUUGCUCCAGAUGUUAAGUCUCGGACUCUGGGCUCAGACUGUCUGUUUGACCUGAGUGAGGAUGAACCCACCUGGGAGAUUAAAGGGAUCAGAGCCAGCGGAGCUACAGCAGGAUGGACUGCUCACAUGGACCAAGACAGUCCACUGGGGACCUCACUGCCCACACAAAAGACACUGCCAGAGCAGCUGAAGGUGUUCAAAGGAGAGGACAUGAGAGGGUUCCAGCCCACUUCUCCUAAAAGCAGGAGGACGCUGUACUCAUCCCACAGCUCCUCCUCGCGCCCCUCGUUCCCCGGGAGCUUCUUCCCACUGGAGUCCUCUCCACGACACCAGCGGAGGGCUCUCAACAUCUCUGAACCUUUCGCUGUGUCUGUGCCUCUGCGCGUGUCUGCCGUCAUCAGCUCCAACAGUACCCCCUGCAGGACUCUGGCCAAAAAGAUCCCUGAGCCGGGCAUCAGCGGAAAGAGCAGCUCUGUCACACAACAGGAAUCCAAGAGGCAGGAAGAGACAGAGAUGGUCAACAGAGAAGAGGGCAGCUCCAUCCAGUCAGAGGAUUCAAGAAAUGAUGGAUCACUUCGGAGUCAAAGAAGUGAAUCUGAAGACUCCUUCAGUGGGAGUGCAGGGCAGAGGGUGCCCUCUUGUGGAGACGAUCUGCACAUUCAAUCUACUCCUAAGAAACUGGAACUUGUAUCUUCCAUUGAGAAAGGACAUCUGUCUGACCUCCGUCCAGAGCUAAAGAUAAGUGAACCAGAAAUCAAGCUACUGGAUGAAACUUUUAAACCUGUUUUUGGGACACAGAAAUCCUUCGAUGGUUUGAAACUGAAUCCUGAUGUCAAGUCCAAACGCAGCCAAAGCUCUCCAUCUCUGACACUCUUAUGUAAAGAAAUGUCCUCACUGUCAUCACUGAACCAUCAGAAGGCUGGGUCAGAAUCGGCCAAGAAACAGCCCUCAGAAUCGGACCUAUUGUUUUCUCUGCGUAAAGACAUUGAUGUAGUUGUAGGUGGUAGUAUAGAAAAUAUACAGCCAUCUAAAAUCACUAAUGAAACAGAGAAACCCAAUCAACCACCUCCAAAAAUAAUAGCUGUAAACAAUAGUGUGACAGAAAACUCACCUCCUUUACGUCAAGAUGAUAUUUCAACUCACAAAUUAUUGGAAAUUCCUACAGUGCCUCCUCACAAAAACAGCAGUCUAUCACAAGAGUCACUCAGGAAAAACCUUGUUCUUGAACUUGAUAGCACACCGAGGCUUUCAGUAUGUGUGGAAGAGAGGAGGAGUAUUUUGGAGUUGGAGGAUGAAGACGGACAUGCAGAAGAGCUAGACCUGGUGGAGCCUUGGGAUGAUCUGAACUCAGCCAAACAAUGGGUGACCAGUCCAUUGCACUCCCCAGAUGUGGAGGAGCUUAUCAAGCAAUUGUCAACAAAGCCCUGGUCAGAGAGGGGUGCUACAGUCCCAGAGGAAAGCAAUAGUUCAUCAGCACUACCAGACAUCAACAAAUCGUCCACUAAAACCAUUCUGACAAAGAGCUUCUCUGGGAAUUUUCCUCCAGCCACUAAACCAGAUCCUAAAUGGAUGUAUGUGCCAACAAGGAUAGGCAGCACAACACAAGCUCACAAGUCUCACAUCUCAAGUAAACACAAGAAUACAGCAUCAUGUCAAAGGUUUCACAGGCAACUGUCUCAUGAGGCGGCUGCUUUGGACAAAAAAGAGGAAAACACAACUUCACGACACAGACCCUACUCACUUAAUCUUGAUUUGGGAUAUCGUUGCAUUAGGGACAUUUCAAACCAGCAAAACCUUAGUUCAUCAGAGUUUUGCUCAAAGGGGAUACAGCCAGGGAUUGUAAAUAACUGCUUAUCUGAGCUGGAUUUAUUUCUGAAUGAUAAUCAGGCACCACUGCGCAGAAACUCAGCUCCUGUCAGUGUGUCCUCAGUGCGCACAGCCUUCAUGAUAAAAACCUGCCAGGCCAAAGCUGUGCCCGUGGUCCCUCCAAAAGUGCAGUACAGCCAGAUACCUCACUCUAGACUUGAGAAAGAAAAAGUGAAUGAAGAAGAAAAGGAAUGUGUGAAAGAGAAAACCAAUGCACUGCUUCCACCUGUCAUGUCUGAACUGAAAGAGGAACUGGAAAACAAAGAGCCAGCGCCUAAGCCUGUCAAAGCUGCUCACGUGGAGAAGACAAUGGAGCCCGCAGCAGAGUUACCGGACAUAACACGGCGACACACACCCAGUCUGGAGGUGUUUGUGGACACUCCUCGUCCAAACAAGUCCAACCUUCUACAGAGAUCCUCGUUUAGGAACAGACAGAGACCUCAAAGUCUGAUCCUGCUGAGCCCACCAUUUCCCAUCAUGGACUACCCCUCCUCUGGCGAUGACGGGAAACUCUCCUCCAUCAAAAGUCUCAAUGACACAUCAGCCGAGAACUACAAGACGACCGAACAAGUACAAAACAAAAUGACUAUUCCAAAAAGUGGACAGAGACUAGAGACCUCAACCAGCUGCUUCUAUCAACCACAAAGGAGGUCCAUGAUCUUUGACAACAGGAGCCAUAGGCAGAUUGAGUGACUGCACAACUACAUUGUAUACAAUUUGUAUCAGGAAAUACUGGGAGGAGCUGCAGAACUAUAUAUGUCAAUGGAUCUGCACAAUUUAUUUAGUUUGUUGAUUUGAGUAGUGUAGAGAAAACAUAUCAAGGUUGCAACAUGGUUUCCAACAAUGUAUGAACUUGAAAUAAUCAAAAACAACAAUGGUUUACUAUGUAUGCUAUACUAUUUGAAAAAGUGAAUGAUCUACAGUGGACAUUUUGAAAAUGAUCAUUUAGUUUUAGCUGCAGUUUUAUUUUAUAUGCCCCCUCCUCCUACACCUGUACAUGUUAAAUGUUAAAUCCAGUAUUUAGUAACAAAACAUUUCCUUAGACUUUGAUAUCCCCUCUAAAGGGACUAGGUUCUCAAUUGCAGAGGAAUAUUGAUUGUAUUGAAUUAUUAUAAUGAUCCUAGUAAUACUUCAAAGCAAAAGUACUGAGAUCAUCCAUUGCUAUAUUAUUAUCCAGAUGAAGCUAUACAAACAUGUCCAUUGUAUUCAUUAUUUAUACUUAACUACAUGAAUCUUAAGUUGUAUGUUGGUCAGUGAGUUACUUAAAAGUAUUAGUAAUGCUAAUACUAAGGAUUUGUUAAAUCAUCUAUCUAAAGCAACAAAAUAGUUAUCUUUCAACACUGGGAAAAUGUUUCUUGUUUAUAGGAGUCCACUGUAUUUAAUGUAAUUCCAUAAUUGUCAUUUAUCAUUCACAUAAACUGAAAACAAGCCCAAUAACUGCUAAGGUUUUAAGAUAUUGUGUUGACCAUAAAUGUAGUAUUUAUUCCUAAAAUAAUUUCAAUAUAAACGAUAAAUUGUCUUAUGGAGAGUGGUUUACAGAGAGUUUACUGAAGGUUUUUAACAUAUGUUUUGAUUAUAUUUUUCAUUCAACGCAGUAUUUGUGAAUGCGUGUGGUGUGGCAGAACACGAGUAUUUAUGGUGCUCAGUGACAGGGGUAAGUGUGUGCUUUUUAAAAGAUGUAUCAAAGGGUUAAAGGAUCAAAUGUGUUACGAAUGACUGUGUUACCAGUGUUUAUUCCACGUUUUAAAGCUUCGUGUUCAUACUGUAAAUUAUGUUGUAGGCCAACUCUGUAUGAUUUGCAAAUUGAUACAUAUUGUUAAAAAAGUAUUGUUGGAAAGAUUAUAAUAAAUUUGU